AUGGUGGAGGGGCACCAGUGCCAUCGGGUGGCCCACGCCCACCGACGCCAGCUGCUGGGCAGGCGCUUCAAGGCCAGCUCUCCUAAUGGAAGGUUCACAGAUGGGGCUGCUGCCCUGCAUGAUCAACCCCUGCACCGCAUAGAGGUCCAUGGCAAGUACCUCUUUUACUUUUUUGGCACUGACCCAAAGGAUCCCAUCGUGUUACACUUCCACUUUGGGAUGUCCGGCGCCUUCCGGACCACUGCCCUGCCUGGGCCGGAGCCCACCGCGACCACACGCCUGCAGCUGCUCGACCAGGAGGCAGGCACUGUGUCCCACCUGUCGGCCAUGACGGUCCUGCAUGGCAGCAGGGAUCUGUAUGACGCAAAGCGGUCCAAGCUGGGCCCCGAUCCACUGCGUGAGGAUGCUGACGAGGAACUGGUCUGGUCCACGGUGUCCACCAGCAAAAAGUCCAUUGGGCUGCUGCUCAUGGACCAAUCGGUGGUGGCGGGCAUCGGCAACAUUUACCGCGCCGAGAUCCUGUACAAGGCCGGCGUGCAUCCGGAGCAGCCGGGGAACACGCUUUCGGUGGAGGCCUUCCAGCGCCUGUGGCGGCACUCCGUGCUCCUCCUCCAGCGCGGCUUUGCCACAGGAUCCAUCCUCACCGUGGACGAGGGGGAGGCGCCCUCCCUGGGGCCGGCCUGGGCGCGGCGCUACAUCUACAACCAGGCGCGGUGCGGGCGCUGCGGCGGCCGCGUGGCCACCUGGGACAUGGCGGGGCGCACGGAGUUCCUGAGCCACUGCGCGCCCGAGGACCCUGCCGCGCUGGGGUCGCCAAAGAAGAUGACGGUGGCGGGCCUGCGGGCUGCGCUGGGCGCGCUGGGCGCCGAUACGGCUGGGAGGAAGGCGGCCCUGGCCGCGCGGCUGGCGGAGCGCCGCGCCCUAGGGUUUGUCGAGGCGGCCCCGGGAGGGGUGAAGCGGGAGGACGGCGCGCAGGUGCCCCCACAGGCAGCGGACCUGGCCGUCCCCUCGCCGCCGGCCCCCGCCGCCUCGCCCGCGCCAGGCAAGGCGCCUGGCAAGCAGCGGGGCGCCUUCCCAGGGCCCAGGCUCCCGGCCAUGCCCCCGCCCGUGACCCCAGGCAUUGCCGCGCUGCUGGACACCCCCAUCAAGCUGGGCGAGCUGGGCCGGCGGCGGCGCAGCAGGCCCGUCGCCUCCGCCCAGGUGGGGUCCGGCUGA